GUCAGGCCUGAUGCUGUACGAAUCUCGAAAAAAAAAUCAAUAUUUAAUUUUCGAAAAUUUUCGCCAUUACAAUACUUCCACGAAGUAAAACGUUACGGUAGUAAUUAAUAUUGAUACGACGUAGGAUUAAAACCAAGAUGUUCGCACUAAAAAGGCAAUGACAGCAUCCGUAUUGCACUUUAAUGCUUGCAAUAUUUUAAAGGUAUAAAUUGGACAUGAGCAUCCAAGAGGUGAUUCAUUUGUUGAAAAAUCCAGACGUCAACAUGGCUCUCAGGAUAAUCGCUAUAACACUAGCUGCGAGCACCUGCGUCCUGUCAAGUCCAAUAAACCAACAUUCAAUUGAGAUCCACCAACCACCUCGUAGCUACGAUGCCGAGUCCAACAGUACCCCAAUACCCAUUAUACACCAAGAGCAAGAAGUCGAGUUUGACGGCACGUACCACUCUUCAUUUGAAACCGGAAAUGGUAUUGUUGCUCAUGAAGAGGGCCAUUUGAAGAAUGCAGGGCAAAAAGAUGAGGAAAUUGAAGAGGUGCAGGGCGAGGUGCAAUAUACUGCGCCUGAUGGGACUAUCAUCAAACUAAAAUACAUAGCGAAUGAGAACGGAUUCCAGCCCGAGGGAGAUCAUCUUCCCAAGGCUCCCGUAGAUGAGAACACCCCGCCUCCAGUACCCCCAGCAAUCGCCAGGGCUCUUGAGUACAUUUUGGCUCAUCCACAAGAGGAAGAAGAAUCGCAAACCGCGAAGGCACAUCAUUAGUACUGAUAUUAGUUAAGUGUUCCUGUAUUUUAUAUUUUUGUAAAUAAAAGAACAAUGUAUGUA